AUGAAGCUUUUAAAUAUUUUCUCAUCACUUCUAUUGGUGGCAUGCGCCUACGCGGCUCCCGUUUCAAAGAGCACACAGAAGCACAAACACUCUCCACACAGCAGCGAGAAAUCGGUGUCAGUCAAGAAAAUAGUUUCCGGUGAUUUGGAUGCAUACGAGUCGCCCUCUGGAAGUUUCGAAGAUGGAAAGAUUGCUUGCUCUGAUUUCCCUAGUGGAAACGGUGUUAUUUCUCUAAGUUGGUUAGGACUUGGUGGAUGGGCUUCAAUUAUGGAUGCCAAUGGAGACACAUCAUCUUCUUGUGAAGAUGGUGAGUACUGCUCUUAUGCAUGCCAACCAGGUAUGGCUAAGACUCAAUGGCCUUCAGACCAACCAAGCGAUGGUAGAUCAGUUGGUGGCUUGUAUUGCAAGGGUGGAUAUUUGUACAGAACCAACACCGAUGCCGACAAUCUUUGUGCAUGGGGAGAGAACUCAACUACUGUGAAAUCUUCUCUAGAUAAGGAUGUGGCAAUUUGCCAGACUGAUUAUCCAGGUUCGGAAAACAUGGUUGUUCCUACUGUUCUUGAAGCUGGCUCGUCAUCGCCACUAACAACUAUCGAUGAAGAUACAUAUUAUCAAUGGCAAGGAAAAAAGACAUCGGCUCAAUUCUAUGUUAACAACGCCGGCGUUUCCGUCGACAAUGGUUGCAUUUGGGGUUCUGCCUCCAAAGGUGUUGGAAAUUAUGCCCCUCUCGUUAUUGGCGCUGGUUACACCGACGGAAAGGCAUACAUUUCUUUGAUACCAAACCCAAACAAUAAGAACUCGGCUAAUUUCAAUGUAGAAAUCACCGCGGCCGACGGAUCAGAGGUUGAUGGUGAAUGCUCAUAUUCCGAUGGUUCAUUUUCUGGGGACAGUGACGAUGGUUGUACUGUUACCGUUGUUUCUGGUAGCGCUGUUAUAACCUUUAGUUAG